GGCGGCGGAGGAGGAUGAGGACGGGUCCGCUGCCUUCGGGGCGCGCCUGGCCGCGGCUGGCGUGGUGCUGCUGGGGCUGGGCUUUCCCGGCGCUGGCCUGGGCCGCUUCCUUCGGCGACGAGACCUCCUUCGAGCGCGCCGCCAAGUCCGAGGGCUACUGCAGCCGCAUCCUGCGCGCCCAGGGCACCCGGCGGGAGGGCUACAACGAGUUCAGCCUCCGCGUGGAGGGAGACCCGGACUUCUACAAGCCCGGAAACAGUUACCGGGUAACACUUUCUGCUGCCACUCCAGCCUAUUUUCGUGGAUUCACACUGAUUGCUUUGAAAGAAGGCAAAGAGGGAGACAAAGAAGAAGACCAUGCAGGGACCUUUCAGAUAAUAGAUGAGGAGGAAACACAGUUCAUGAGCAACUGCCCUGUAGCUGUGACUGAGAGCACACCAAGAAGGAGGACACGCAUUCAAGUAUUCUGGACGGCACCUGCUUUGGGUACAGGCUGUGUAAUUUUGAAGGCAAGCAUUGUACAGAAACGGAUUAUUUAUUUUCAAGAUGAGGGCUCUCUCACAAAAAGGCUAUGUGAGCAAGACUCAGCCUUUGAGGGUUCAACUGAUAAGCCGAUCUUGGAUUGCUGUGCCUGUGGAACAGCUAAAUAUAGGCUUACCUUCUAUGGAAACUGGUCAGAGAAGUCACAUCCAAAAGAUUAUCCACGACGAGCCAACCACUGGUCUGCGAUCAUCGGUGGAUCUCAUUCAAAGAACUACGUGCUUUGGGAAUAUGGAGGAUAUGCAAGUGAAGGAGUUAAGCAAGUUGCGGAGCUGGGAUCACCUGUAAAAAUGGAAGAAGAAAUUCGGCAACAGAGUGAUGAGGUUUUGACUGUCAUCAAAGCAAAAGCACAGUGGCCUGCCUGGCAACCACUAAACGUGAGAGCUGCUCCCUCUGCUGAAUUUUCUGUGGACAGAACACGGCAUCUAAUGUCUUUCCUUACCAUGCUUGGCCCCAGUCCAGACUGGAAUGUCGGGCUUUCUGCUGAAGACCUGUGCACCAAAGACUGUGGAUGGGUCCAGAGGGUCAUUCAGGAUCUGAUACCAUGGGAUGCUGGAACCGACAGUGGAGUUACCUAUGAGUCUCCCAACAAACCUACAAUGCCUCAAGAGAAGAUAAGACCUCUUACCAGCCUUGAUCACCCACAGAGUCCCUUUUAUGACCCUGAAGGAGGCUCCAUAAAGUCAGUAGCCAGAGUUGUGAUUGAAAGAAUUGCACGAAAGGGGGAACAAUGCAAUGUUGUUCCUGAUAACAUUGAUGACAUUGUUGCAGAUCUUGCCGCAGAAGCUCAAGAAGAUGAAGAUGACACUCCAGAAACCUGCAUCUACUCCAACUGGUCCCCUUGGUCAGCUUGUAGUUCUUCCACAUGUGAAAAGGGCAAGCGUAUGAGGCAGAGAAUGCUCAAAGCUCAGCUUGAUCUCAGUGUGCCUUGUCCAGAGACUCAGGACUUCCAGCCAUGUAUGGGCCCAGGCUGUAGCGAUGAAGAUGGCUCUACAUGCAUGAUGUCAGAAUGGAUAACAUGGUCUCCAUGUAGUGUGUCCUGUGGCAUGGGAAUGCGAUCAAGAGAGAGAUACGUAAAGCAGUUCCCUGACGAUGGAUCUAUGUGCAAAGUUCCCACUGAAGAAACUGAGAAAUGCAUUGUAAAUGAGGAGUGCUCCCCAAGCACCUGCCUGGUGACAGAAUGGGGGGAAUGGGAUGAAUGCAGUGCCAGCUGUGGGAUGGGGAUGAAGAAACGGCAUCGAAUGAUAAAGAUGACCCCAGCAGAUGGAUCCAUGUGUAAGGCGGAAACAACAGAAGCUGAGAAAUGCAUGAUGCCUGAAUGUCAUACCAUACCUUGUAUGCUGUCUCCAUGGUCUGAAUGGAGUGACUGCAGUGUAACAUGUGGAAAGGGGAUGAGGACCCGACAGAGAAUGCUGAAAUCUGCAGCAGAGUUGGGCGACUGCAAUGAAGAGCUGGAACAGGUGGAGAAAUGCAUGCUACCAGAGUGUCCAAUUGACUGUGAGCUCACAGAAUGGUCCCAAUGGUCUGAAUGCAACAAGUCGUGUGGGAAAGGUCAUAUGAUUAGGACAAGAAUGAUCAAAAUGGAACCCCAGUUUGGAGGAGCUCCAUGUCCAGAAACUGUGCAGCGCAAAAAAUGCCGAAUAAGGAAAUGUUUGAGAAAUCCCAGUGUUGAGAAAAGGCGGUGGAAAGAACCUCGUGAGAAAAGGAGAAGUGAGCAAGCAAAAGAAGACAUUGAUAGUGAGCAAUUCCCAGGUUGCAAGAUGAAACCAUGGACUGCUUGGUCAGAAUGUACCAAAUUGUGUGGUGGUGGAAUCCAGGAAAGAUUCAUGACUGUCAAGAAGCGAUUCAAAAACACCCAGUUUACUAGCUGCAAAGACAAGAAGGAACUGAGAGCUUGCAAUGUCCACCCUUGUUAGCAAAACCUGUCUUUUAAAAAAUGCACUCUGAGCUAAAUGUAAAAUCAACCUUGAUUUGAUUUUUUUUAAGAAAAGAUAUAAAUUGUGUAUAUUAGUCUUCAUUUUUGCAGUGUGGUUUGCUUAUUAGUCUUGCUGGUGCAAGAGAUAUAUUUUAUAAAUAUUUCCUCCCA